CUCUUUAAUGGAUGGAUAUAUCUGUAUAUCUUAAAGUCUUUAUGUAUUAUUAUUAUUUAUUCGUUAUUGUGAUGACAAUAACAAGUAAACAUUAUAAUAGGACAUUUAGUGCUCAUUUAACCUAACGCUUGAUUUAAUUAACGUUCUUCCUAUUCGUUUACAACGUAUUUUUUUGAAUAAUACUAGUAAAUAGAAUGUUACUAGUAAAUUAGAAUAACUAGUAAAACGAAUAUUUUAUAUCUCUAUCAAUGUUAACGUUUGUUUUUUGUUUGUGAACGGAAUUAUCGUUUACGAUUUGCAAAAUUUAUAGAUAUUUACAGAAUAAAAUUUUUGUAAUACCUAACAUUUUACCUUUUAGUUGUCCAAAAUGCCUGAGCAGCAAAAGAUUUUGAGGCUACAGGACGUUUGGCGUACUUGUAAUAAAAUCCGAGCGGCAAUUUUUCGCGUGGGUUUUAAUUUAUGGAAUUUUUACAAACCGCUAGAUCCUAACAAUAAUUGUUUAAUCUCAGAGUCGAAAUUUAUUUCGGUAUUGGCUGGGCCGCUGAAGGAUCAAAUUGGUUUGUCUGAUAAAGAAAUUUCCGAUUUGGCCGAUUAUUUUCGCGUUCAGGAUGGUCGAAUAUUUUACACCCAGUUUUGUGAAAUAAUUCACGAUAGUGCUCCUGAAUUCGAUAAAAGCGAACCGCUUGUAACUGGUUUGGAAUGGGAAGAUCCAGAGCAUGUAAAUCGUAUAAGUGCAACGGAACAUCGAAAAUUAUGUCUCGUACUCACUCAAAUUGCCGUUCUUAUAAACAAAAGAAGACUCGUGUUAAGGCCUUACUUUCAAGACUACGAACUGAUUGCGAAAAAUGCUGGGACUAUAACAUUCACGCAUUUCGGGCGAAUCCUAAAAUUUCUAGGUAUCGUUCUUGCUUCCGAAGAAUUCUGUUUGCUUGUAAAAAGAUUCGCGAAAGAUGCUUAUACGAUCAACUAUGUGGCCUUUUUAAAGGCGAUUGACGAAAUUCAAUCUUACUUUGAUAAACAUCAAGUGCUGGCUCUUGGUGGAGAAUUACUUGAUCAAUUUCCUGGUCGAAUUAUUACGGCUGAAUUACCGAAACUUCCAAGGCCGGAAAUUGGUAAAUUCAUACCAAGCAAAGUAUUUGGGAAACAAGCUGUGUUCCAUCCGGUAAUGGAAGAACGAAGAAGUACAAUGCCCUUGAUAGAAGUUAUUCAACGUAUUCAAAGACAUAUCUUUGAAAAUCGAUUACGCAUUUCGGAAUUCUUUAAGGAUUUUGAUCCUUUGAACGCGGGCAAAACGACGAUUUCCAACUUCAAAAGAGGAUUAGAUGGUCUUCAGAUUUCGAGCUUGGGACGCCUUUAUCUUGCGGAAACGGAAAUUGACGCGCUCGUUACGCUUUAUAAAGACCCAAAUGAUCCAGAUCGUGUAUGUUGGCGUACAUUCGAAGAUGACAUCGAUAAAGUGUUUACCGUGAAAGAAAUUGAAAAGCUGCCCAAUUUGAAAAUUGAGUCACCGCCAAAAGAAAUAGCGAAACUAAGUCGAAAAGGAGAGUCUAAUUGGCAAUUCGAAGGGAAAGAUAUAAGAGAUCUUUGUGAGAAAACAUUAUUAAAAAUUCGACAUCGAGUCGAGGAAAGAAGAAUUAUGAUAAAACAAUUUUUUAAGGACUAUGAUCGACAUAACAAAGGUCACGUAUCACGUUCGCAAUUACGUCAAGUUCUAAGAACUGCGGCUGUACUACUUUCUGAAGAAGAGGAGUUUGCAUUGGAAAAGAGGUAUAAUAAUGAUUUAGGUUUCAAUUAUAAUUGGUUUUUAAAAGAAUUAGAGGCUCAAACAAUCGAGGAGCCCUUGUACCACUCUAUAGUGAAAGAAAAAAGAAAAAUCAACGCUGAGAAACUAUCACCGGAAGCAACAGCUGGUGAAACAAAUAUCGUUUUAAUUUUAGCCAAAAUCAAAGCAAAAGUUGUGCGGGAAAGAAUAAAGGUUAUCGAAUUCAUGCGUCAAUAUGAUAUUCAUAAUGAACACGUUAUAAAAAGAACAGAGUUUCUGCGAGCUUUGGAUCAACUACGUUGUAAUUUGACUUGCACAGAAAUGGGAACUAUUAUGAAUAUUUUUCAAUCACCUUUAAGAUCAGAUUCCGUGGAUUAUGUGAAAUUUGGGGAAGUUGUCGAAGAAGCUGUUGCUAUGGGAAGUUUAGAAAGAGCACCACUUUUAGUGCCUGUACAACACGUGCCUUCGGAAGCUUCCCCUAAGACAUUCUUGAACUUCGAUGAAAGGCACAUGGCCACAACGGCAGUAGACAAGCUAAGCAGAAUGCAACAACCGAAUCUUGAGGAGUUGUUCAGGGGCUACGAUAAAGAGAAUAUUGGUACAGUUUCGAAAGAGUGUUUGAUCAAAGUUCUGUCUAUCAGGCGUAUGUUAGAAUUGAUUAGCAACAGAGAACUGGACUCUGUGCACAAAUGUUUCUCCGUAGAAAGAGGUGGUCGAUUAGAAAUUGAUUAUCGAGCAUUUUUACGCGCUUUGUAUCUGAUGCAAGAGAACAAAAAACAUCUGCCUUUCUAGCUAUCUUGAGCAUUGUAUUUUGAGCUAAAAAAUAAACAUUGUUGAUGCGUGAAGAUAUAAAAUAUUUUAUAGAGGUAACUCAGAACGUUUGGACGAUAUUAUUGUGAUUGCAAUACUUGAAUUACCUUACAUAAUUUUUGUAAGCGUAUUUAAUGUAUAUUAUGUAUGAUACAUAUAUUUAUAUUAUACAAAUUAUAUUGUAUUCAUAAUAAAUUUUCUUAUCUAUUAAAUUAAUUAUUGUAUUAUAUACUGGUAUUAUAUUUAUGAUUUACAUGGAACAUUUUAUAUUUGAAUACAAUACUUUUGUAAGAAAUGACAAAAUAAAGAUUAUUUUUACAAUUUAAUUAGUCUUAACUUGGAAAAUCCUGACGUAUUAUGAUUUAAAACCAUCAUACGGCUGACA